AUGGUCUUCGACUUGAGUGUUCUGCUGCUUGCUUUGCUUGCAUCGCCAGUUUCCGGAGCUUCCGAUCUCACCUAUUGCUCUUCCGUAAACACCGGUUCCUCAUUCUCUGCCAACAUCAGCAUUUAUCAGUCGAAUGGACUCUGCACGGAUACCUGCAACGCCGAUUAUGCCUUCGCAAUCCUGCAGGGUAAAGAAUGCUGGUGCUCGAACAUAGCACCCAACAAAGCUACGAACACCGACACUUCGGAUUGUGACGUAGGGUGUCCAGGGUAUCCGGCAGACAGCUGUGGAGAUGCCUCUAAGGGCCUGUAUGCUUAUAUUCAGAUGUCCCUACAUAAUCCUUCGGGCACAGCAGCAGCUCCAUCGUCAACAAGCACGACAAAGACCACGUCCGACAAAUCCAAAACAGAGUCCACUGACUCCAAAACAACUACCACAGCACCUACGACUACUCAAAAUACUGUUUCGGUUGAGACUAUUGCUGGUGAAGUGAAGACUAUAACAGUUUCGGAUACGAAACCAGCUGCAACAACGACCUCAUCCUCUUCAUCAGAUUCACAAAAUGGAAGCUCUGGAGUUUCGGCUGGAACUAUUGCCGGCGCUGUUGUUGGCUCUGUCGGUGGCUUAGCGGCAAUCGUCGCGAUUAUCUUCUUCGUCCUUGCAUCCAAACGUCGCUCGCGAGCUCAGAGCCCCGAUCCGAGCGUUUCGAACGUUCUGCUCGAUGGAAGGCAAAGCAAGGGCUCUCAGAUGAGUUUCGUGAAGGGCAUGUUCUCGGAUGGGCAUAGUCACACUUUAUCCGCCGGAUCUUCGAUAACACCCCAACGUAUGCAAACUUUUACUGAUAACCGCAUGAAAACGGACACUGUACUUUAUGGAGGUGGUCGUCGGGAUAGCGACCUGUCACUCCAGGAUAAUGAAGACUACUCACGUCCGGUGCUGCGGCUGACAAACCCCGACUGA